AUGUUAUUGGCUAUUCUCAACCUUACAAUUGCCAUUGGUCCACAAGAUGGCUCAGAUAGGGAAUUUGAUGUGCUGAUCAAGCAGUUUCAAUUGGAACAGGACACUGCCAAAUCUUACAAGGAUCCAUUGGGUGACGACAUCCUGAUUGAUAUAAAUAGGAGCGGAGCGGCUAUGGCCGAGAUACUCCAAGCAUUAAGGGCUAUUGGAGUUUCUAAAGGCAAUAUGGAACAGGUUUCUUUGAGAUGUGAUGUGAACGUAUCAGUCAAACCAAAAUGA